CAAUAUUUUCUGAGGCUUUUGCUUAGCGGUUGGUUCUCCUUCUCCAAUCUUCUUCAUCUCAUCAAAUUCGAUCUGAGAAAUUAGGGCGACGUUGAUUUGGGCGAAAAAUCUCUUCUCUGUUACGACUAUUUGAGCUUAGCUGGGAUUCGUCUCUGGAGCUGUAGAUUUUUCAGAUCCGGUUUGGGUCGUUUCUGAGACGCUUGGUUGGAUUUUUCAUGGAAUUUGAGUGCCAAGAGAGAGCUGAAGUAUCGAUUGUUGGCGAAGGUUUGUCUAAUCAAGGAGCUGAGUUGAGAAUAGGAGAUGGGUCUGUCGAGGUUCCAUGUGUGAAGCUUUGUUAUCAGCAAAAGAAGGCAACUUUGGUGGUGCCCAGGGACAAGGAUUUGUCUACAAAUACUCAUCGAUACACCAUUAUCGAUUUGCCUCAGGCUUUGAUAUCCGAGAUUCUUAACUGCCUUGACCCAAAAGAGUUGGGCCUUGUGUCCUGUGUUUCGACUUGUCUGCAUAGGUUAGCUUCGGAGCAUCACGCGUGGAAAGGCUUCUACUGCGAGAGAUGGGGGCUACCCGUCGUAUUCGGGGGUAAAACUUCUGAAGAGAGGUCAUGGAAAGAGCUGUUUAUUGAGAGGGAGUUUAGGAGCAAGACGUUUUUAGGACGUCAUAGUAUUGACACCCUUUAUGGUCACACUGAAGCAGUUCGUACUGUGUUUCUUUUAGCUUCUGCUAAGCUCAUUUUCACUUCUGGAUAUGACUGCGUUGUCCGGAUGUGGGGAAUGGAAGAAGGCUUGUCUAUUGCAGCGUCUAAACCGCUUGGUUGUACUAUUAGAGCAGUUGCGGCUGAUACGAAGCUCUUGGUAGCUGGCGGUACUGAUGGUUUUAUACAUUGCUGGAAAGCAGUGGAUGGUCUGACAGACUUGUUUGACCUCACGGGUUUUCAGAAAGAGAAGACAAAGUUUCGCCUUUGGGAGCACGAGGGUCCUAUUACAUCUCUUGCCCUGGAUAUGACGAGUAUCUUUAGCGGUUCGUGGGACAUGUCUGUUCGUAUAUGGGAUAGGUCUUCAUUCAAGUGUAUCAAAACGUUGAGGCAUAGUGAUUGGGUUUGGGGACUAGCGCCUCAUGAGACAAGCAUCGCUUGUGCUGCUGGUUCGGAUGUGUACAUUUGGGACAUUAGCAGUGAGACUCCAGAGGCGAUUAUCCAUGAUGCUCAUGAGGGUAACACUUACUCUCUUGCAAGAAGCCACAGUGGAGAUUUCCUGUUUACCGGUGGGGAAGAUGGAGGGAUCAAAAUGUUUGAGAUCAGAAAACACGGUAAUGAAACAAGCGUCCUGCUCAUAUCUCAAUGGAUGCCUCACACUGGUCCUGUCUACUCUCUUUCUUUCGAGUUCCCCUGGCUUGUAUCAGCAUCUGGUGACGGUAAACUCGCGCUCAUAGACGUUAGGAAGUUGUUGAAGACUAACCGUCGUGGCUUACCCAAGAGGGUUUCUUCUAGAAUUGUGGAACCGCCACAGAGAAUGCUGCACGGGUUCGGUUCGAACCUGUUCUCGGUGGACGUGGGUUGUGACCGUAUAGUUUGUGGAGGUGAAGAAGGCGUAGUUCGGAUAUGGAACUUCACACAAGCGUUGGAGAUUGAGAGAAGAGCUCGAGCUCUUAAAGGAAUGAGGCUUGAGAACAGGAUGAGGCGAAGGAGGACGCAAAUGGAGAUGAAUGCGAAGAGUGGAAGGCCUGACCAAUGCUCGAUUGCUGCUCAUAAGAACCCUGUUAAUGGAGAUAGGAAUCGAGCGUGGCAUACAAAACGAAGAGCAAGUGGCAAGGCGAAGGCCUAAGCAUAUGUGAUUCGUUUUCCUUCCAACACCACUCGGUGAAGCAAGUUUUAAAAAGUUGGCACAUUUAGGCUUUUGAGCUAAGCAGACUUGUGUCUUAUGAUUGAAUGCAAACUGAAAAUUUUCGGUUUUAGCUCUUUUUUUUCUUCUCAAUUCCUAUGUUUCGGAGAACGUUAAUUUAAGAAGUUUGUUCAGGAAAAUAUUUUAAAAAAUAAAGUUGCAAGUAAAAUA